AUUUUGAAGCAAGUUUUAUUCGCCUGAUUGACAAAGUGACCAAUGGCUCUCGGAUUGAAAUAAACCAAACAGGUACUACCCUGUAUUAUCAGCCUGGUCUUCUGUACGGCGGCUCGCUGGAACACGACUGCAGCCCCAGUCGCAGCAUUGGCUACUAUUUGGAAGGUCUGCUCUGCCUGGCACCCUUCAUGAAGCAUCCGCUGAAGAUUGUCCUGCGGGGAGUGACAAACGAUCAAGUGGAUCCUUCAGUAGAUGUCCUUAAGGCAACAGCUCUACCCCUACUGAAGAAAUUUGGAAUUGAUGGUGAAAAUCUGGAAAUCAAGAUCAACCGGAGAGGAGUGCCUCCCAAAGGGGGUGGGGAGAUUGUCUUUGCCUGCCCAGUGAGAAAGGUCUUGCAGCCUAUUCAGUUCACGGAUCCUGGCAAAAUCAAGCGCAUCAGAGGAACUGCGUACUCUGUGAGAGUGUCACCACAGAUGGCGAAUAGAAUGGUGGAAUCUGCAAGGAGCAUCCUGAAUAAAUUCCUCCCAGACAUUUAUAUCUACACAGAUCAUAUGAAAGGGGUCAGCUCUGGAAAGUCACCAGGUUUUGGCAUGUGCCUUACUGCAGAAACCAUCAAUGGAACUAUUCUUAGUGCUGAGCUCGCCUCAAACCCUCAAGGCCAGGGAGCACCUGUGCUUCCUGAGGAACUGGGCCAGAACUGUGCCAAGCUGUUGCUUGAUGAGAUCUACAGGGGAGGCUGUGUAGAUUCAACAAAUCAGAGCCUUGCUCUUCUUCUCAUGACCCUUGGACAACGGGAUGUUUCCAAAGUCCUGCUAGGACCUCUGUCUCCAUACACGUAA